UUUUCCUCACCCUCAUCCAGUCCACUUCCCUCUCCAUCCGAUCGCUAAACACAACACAAAACACACACACUCCCUCUCUCCCUCUCAAGUCUCAACCUCUCAGAUCCCAAACUCUACACUUGCCCCCAAUUCUUCUGUCUCACUCUCUCUUAAUCUUACAGCUCCAAUCCCCUGCUUCGAUGGCCACUAUACUCGACACCCUCAGCGCCCCACGCGCUGCUUCUGCUCUCUCUCUCCCUACUCGCCCUCACAUCGCACCAGCUGUCUCUUCUUCCCUUUCACGUAUAUCAUUUCCUAAAUUCAAAGGCCUCAAAGUCGGACCCACUUUCACCGCUCGCUCUCUUGGCCCCCUCACCGUCACCUCGCGACGUGCCACGACCGCCGGACCCGUCGUGUGCGAGGUUCAGGACACCGCUGUUGAAGUUCCUGCUAUUACAGAUGCAAAUUGGCAGUCACUUGUUCUUGAAUCUGAAUCCCCUGUUCUGGUUGAAUUUUGGGCCCCAUGGUGUGGGCCAUGCCGUAUGAUCCAUCCUGUUAUUGAUGAACUGGCAAAGCAAUACGCUGGAAAGAUCAAAUGCUACAAAGUUAAUACUGAUGAGAGCUCUUCAAUUGCAACCCGUUAUGGGAUUAGAAGCAUCCCAACUGUCAUAAUCUUCAAGAACGGUGAGAAAAAAGACACGGUUAUAGGUGCCGUUCCCAAAUCCACCUUGACUACCAGCAUAGAGAAAUUCUUGUAGACGUGGUAAAUAAAGAACACCUUUACAGUAAUAAGCUAUUUCUGGUGCUCGUUUCUUUUCUUUUUAGCUUCUAAUGUCCUAAGUUUGGACAGCUGCUCCCAUAAUAAAAUGAUAUUCCUCCUGUACAGUUAUCAGAUGCAGCUAUAUGUUUAGUCAUCCUUAGAAAAUGUACUGACUGAUAUACUUGUUAUAUGAAUGUCUAUUUUACAA